AUCUAUCGACAAUAGUGCGGAAGAGAGAAGAGUGUCACUGGUUAGAUUAAAAUCCGAAGUUAAACCAUGGACUACAAAUGAAGACCUAUCUUCUGAGUUAUCUGGUACUAGAAUGCUGAAACCAUGCGGUAAACUUAAAUUAACAAGUAAAGGUCCAAAUAAGGAAAUUCAAUAUGUUGUUAAAGGUUGGUGUGAUAGCCGAUUUCAAUAA